AGUUAGUCCCUGUGCUGACCAGCCCUGUGAGAAUGGUGGAAUGUGUUCAGUUGUUGAAGAAGGCUACAAUUGUAGAUGCACUGAUCAUUUCCAUGGAUUGAAUUGCACAAACUGCAUCUAUAAGGAUGGCUGUGACUUAGAUAAGGGGGACACGUACUACAGUGAUGGGAAUGGCGUUUGUGGAUGCUACUGUGGUGGCUGUAGACAGUUUGAUAAAAAUACAAAUCGUUGUGAAAUCUGUUCAGUCUGUUCAAGUAGCACGAGUCUGACAAUUGGAAUGUUCUUUGUGGGCAUCAUUGUUGGAGCUUUCGGGGUAAUUGGGGGAUUGAUCGUCUACACGAGGAUUAAACAGAAGACAAAAAUAGACAAGAGAAGUACGGACAAGAGUAAACAAGAUACUUACAUGGACUUCACGGCAGAUAGGCCAACUGCUGGCAAUGAAAACCAGACUUACCAGGAUCUACAAUAUAGAGAAGAAGAAACAGCUUAUGUCAAUUUGAAGUCGGGAAAGAGAUAAAAAUGUAAAGAGGAG